CACUGCUGGGCACUGACUGGUGGCACUGACUGGCACAACCGCUGGGCACUGACUGGUGGCACUGCUGGGCUGCACUGGUGGGUGGCACUGGUGGGCAGCACUGGUGGGUGGGCACAGGUGGGUGGCACUGGUGGGCACAGGUGGGUGGCACUGCUGGGCACAGGUAGGUGGCACUUCUGGGCACAGGUGUGUGACACUGCAGAGUGGCACAGGUGGGUGCACUGCUGGGCACAGGUGGGUGAACUGCUGGGCACAGGUGGGCGGAACUUGUGGGUGGCACUGCUGGGCACCAAUCAUCAGGGCCUGAUCAUCAGUGGCCCUGAUGAUCGGUGCCGAUCCUCGCUCUGACAACUGCCGGUUCUCGGCAGUACUUUCCUCACGAUCUGACAGCGUGAGGAAAGUGCAGCCGAGUGCAACCGGCACUUGCAU